AUGGAAAAAUCGACGUCGAACAAAAAGCGAAGCUGCCCGUUUGAUGAACCAGCCAGUCGUCGUCACUCUAAUGAUGACAUUAAAGCACUUCAGCACGACGUUGAAGAACUGGAAAUUAGGCUGGCGGCCGUUACGAGAAAAACCAUUAAGCCAACAAAAAAACUUCGUUCUGUCCACCACCACACCAUAUUGCAAGCCUGCUACCAACAGGCACAACAGAAAAUAAAUGCCAAACGCAGCUUCUCAGUCUUACCGAAAUGUGGUCAGCUUGAGUAUGAGCACAAGUUGGACGAACCGGUAUAUCAACGGUUAAAUAAAAGUGUUGCCCUCCAGUACGAGCAACUGGCUCAAGUGUUUAGUGACGCUGGACUCAAUCAAAGCCGAACGGACUACUAUGAUGCUCGAGUGGUCACUGGCACCCAACAGGGUACAUUUUGUAAAGAAGAACUCAGUGCUAAAAGUGGGAGCUGA